AUGAACGUUCAGGAUAGAAGAAGGUUGUUGGGUCCACCGAAUGCCCGGCUGCUUGUGUUUGGCUCUCGCCAGCCGGAAACCGCUGACACCCAGACCGUGAAGCCAGCUGACGAGAUCAGACCCAUGUUCCUCAAGACUGGAUUGAUCACCAACGCUAACGGGUCCGCGUACUUGGAAGUUGAUAACACAAUCAUUUCCGUGUCUGUGUUUGGGCCGCGUCCUAUUAGAGGCUCUUUUAUUGACCGUGCGUCUUUUGCCGUGGAAUUCAAGUUCCUUCCGUACGUGUCGCAGCCGAUGGAGGCCAUCUUUGAGUGCCACAACGAGGCCAGCAAGGCUGCCGCCAGUUCCAACUUGAACGGGAGGUCCAGUCUUACCGGGAUCGAGCACAAAAUCUCCAGCUUCAUUGAAACCAGCUUGUUACCCAGUAUCUUGUUAGAAAAAUAUCCCAAGUCAUCUAUUGAUAUCUUCGUCACCGUCAUUGCCAACGACGCCCAGACGAAUUUGUUAAACUUGGCCAACUGGGCGGUCAACUGUUCGUCUUUGGCGUUGGUAGACUCCGGAAUUGAGUGCAAGGAUGUGGUUACCAGCGGACACGUGCGCUUGACUGCCAACGGCAACGCUAUUCUCGACCCAGCAAGCAACAGCGAGAGAAAGGCAGAGGGGGUUGCCGAGGCCGUUGUCAGUUUCAUGAACUACCAUAACAAUGAGAUUGUGGGAAUCUGGACCGAGAGUGAGGGCGCGUUGGACGAAACCAACUUGUCUAGUUUAAUCGAGCACAGCAAAAAGAUGUCCAGGCAGAUCCGUGCCGCCGUCAACAGCUACAUGCUUGAGUCCGUCCACAACGAUGAUUAG